CCACUUCCUCGCACAACAUCGUCUUGUCUCCCUCUGAAAUCGAAGUCGCCCACUCCCUCUACCUCUAAAAUCGACACCAUGUUCUCCGUCAUCUUCUCCGACUAAAGAUUCCCGGCCUUGUCACAAUCGCACGGACGCACGGUUUUGUAUUUCUCUUUCUAUCCGGUUGUCAACUAAAUUGUGGAAAUUGCUGAGAAAUUUGGAAGUUAUAAAUGGAUGGAUUCAAAUUACUUUUUUUCUGGGUGCAUUUACAUUUGUGGUGUUUUUGCUGCAAGUUCUGUGAAUGGAUGCAGCAGAUUACUUUUUGUUUGCUUCAAGUUCCGUGGUUUCAUUUUUUUGGUGCAAAUUACUUUUUUUUGUAAUGCAUAUUUGUCAUGGAUGCUGCAAAUUACUUUUUGUGAUGCAUCUUUUUCGAGUUUUAUGAUUCCAUGCAUCUUUGUCAACUGUGGUAUUUUGCUUAUACAAUAUUUAAGAACUUACAAAAAGUUCGGUCUUUUCGGUCCCUACGGGUUCGUUCCAAAGAAUUUCGGUCCGGACCGGUCUAAGAAUGAUUUCUUAUAGGUAUGGUCUUCGGUCUUUAUUUUUUCUCAUUUCAGUCUUCGGUCUGGUCCGGUCCCGUCCCGUCCCGGAACGAUGAACACCCGUAAUCCUCACCGCACGUUUCUAACCGAGUUAAUUUGUGUCUGUGUAAAUUCAUUCAACCACUUGAUUUUAUUGAUUUGGUCUGCAUAUAUACAUAUAGUGUAUAGGAGUAUAGUGGAUGUUGGUGGGAUUGAUUGACUGAUUGAGCAAGAUGAUGAUGUUGAGGAGGUGUAGCUCAAGGAUCAACAGCAGCCAUAAGUCUAAGUCUCCAAAGACAAGGAAAAGAAGAUCAUGGAAGACGGCCAUGGUUUUCCCCAAACUGGACAGGUUUCGAAUGGUGAGGAGGAGAAUAAGAAAAAGAAGAAGAAGCAGUGUUCUUCAUCCCACAGGUUUAAGUAUGCCCUUGAGAAGGUGUAGUUCCAGGGGCAUGGGACAGAGAAGGAAGAGUGGUAGGUGUGAGGACACUGACAUGAAUGAUGCUGAUGCUGAUUCUUCAGAGUCAUGUUUUGUGGAUGCGCACAAAUUCUUUCCUUCCCCUCCCAUUACAUUAAAGUGCCUCUACGAGGAGGAGGAGGAUGAGGAGGAAGUGGAGGAUGAGGAGGAUGAGGAGGGUUUUUACAAGGAGAAAGAGUUCAGCACCCACACUAUUCCUGAUGUAUCAGUUAUAGAGGUUAGCAAGGGUAAGCAUCUGGAUGUUAUAGACGUGUUGUCUGACUCUGGCCGGAGGCCUUACCUGGUUAAUAAAUUUGGGGAUCGCGUUCCCGUUGAUUCUCUCAGGGGCAAAUAUGUCAUUAUCUGUUGUGCCUCCGUGCCUCUGCGUGCUAAUUACUCUUGUCAGGGUGCUGCCGUAUGCCGGACCAUCAUGGCUGCACGCUCAUGCGGGACUCGUCGUCCUAAUUUUGAGAUCGUCGUUGCUGCCAAGAUGCUUCGUGAUUGGGACAGGGAGGAUGUUUUCAACCACUUCUUCUCUGGUUUCUUUGAUGAUACCCUCGCCAUCCCCUUUUGGGAUGUUGCCUCCCGACACCGUUUAUGCGAUUCUGUCCGCUUGGAAUCGGAUACUGUUGUGCCUCUUGUUGUAGACCCCCAAGGCUUGGUUUUACAGUCAGUAAUGGAUGCUAGUUGGAAGUUUGAUGAAUAUGGCUCCGAGUUUUUCCCCUUCACUGAUGAACAUUUGGGUGAGCUUGAUAAAGCCGACCUAGAACUGAGGGUAAAGUGGGAUAAAAUUUACAGGGAACAUAAGAAGGAUGAUUUGAGAAGAGAACUUGGUGAUAACUUUGAGCAGAUAUGCAGCACCGGUCGUCCCUCGCUCGACUCUCUACUGGGCUGCACCACUCUCACGAAGCUUGAUGAUACAGGAGUGGGUAUAUUUGUGACAGAGUUGAGCCGGAAAGUUGUGGGAAUAUACCUCUGCAAGGAUGGGUCGUCGAUGGACACUUUCCACCAGUUCCAGCAACGGUGUUUGUCUCACGGUGGCGGUGAUUUUGAGAUGGUGCUGGUCUGCCUUGCCUUUGAAGAGGACCAUAGCUCAUUCCUGGAACAUAUUAAGCUUGCAUUGAAGAAGCGUGGCAUCGACUCCUGGUGGCUAUGCCCCUCUGACGACAAGACAUGUCGAAUGCUUGCCCGGCUCACUUAUUGCUUUUGCUAUGCAGAUGAGUUGAUCAUUGUGCCGCCUGGUGAAAAAUCAGCCGAGCUGGAGGGAAGGAAUGUGUUACAAGUCAGGGAAUUUGAUGACCCAAAGUAUUAUCCCUUCACCAGAGAAUCUAUACUUGAAAAGAGGCUGGCUAUGUUCAAGUCACACACAAUAGAGUCACUGUUGGCAAAGGACUUCACGUAUCUUGUUCGCGGGGACAGUCAGGAGAGUGUGACUCUGAGUGACCUUAGAGGCAAAAAAAUUAUCCUUUACUUGGACAUGUUUGGGGGUGAUGAUCUGCGGAGUUACUGUCUCCUGAGUGACUAUUACUCCGACAUUCAGCGCGAGCAUGGAGAUUGUGAAGUAGUCUUCCUUCCGUUGUGUGAAGGGAAAGCUCGUAAGAUGGCAUGGCUGAAGCUGCCUUCUCCAUCUGGUUAUGUGAAUGGUCAGGUAUUGGCGUACAUGGAUGAGUCUGAGGAGGUUGGUUCCCUCAUAGCAUUUGGGGAAGAUGGUCGGAUGGUCUCCAGAAAUGUUAGGGACAAACUCGAGGAUGAAGAUAUUUCUUCAGUCUUCAAUGAUACCCUUCGCCAAGAGAUACUUGCUGUUCUGGCUGAUUUGGAAACUAAUUAUAUGUUGUACUGAUAGUACUUAUAAUUACUCCCUAAUUUUAGUCUUUAUUUAUUCAAUUACGGAAUAUUUGAGUGCUUUGUGUUACUAUUUUUGUCUUUAUUUAAUUGCUGAUCAUUAGGAGUGUUAUUAUUGUUCGGACAUUGUCAUUGUAAUCUUAAUCUACUACUACUACUACAAUUUUAGUUGUGGUCAGGGG